AUGGAGGCCCUGGUGUGGGUAUUACUCGUGGUGGGAGCCCCCCUGGAGGUGGUAUCGGUCAGGAAAACAGGAUGGUUGUACAACUGUGCGGUGGCCACCGGCCUGUGUUGGCCCAUCUUGCUGGACACACCCCCAGAAGCCGUGAACAUUUCCUUGGGCCUGUCCCUGGCGGCCUCCAUCAAUUCCUCUUGGCUGCUGGCCUGCGGCCCGAUGGCGCACAGAGCCUGCGGAGAGAACACGUAUGCCAAAGGCUCUUGCCCCUUGGGCUCCCAUCUGCAGAUCAUCUCGACAGUCCCCGCCGCCCUGCCAGAGAGUCCAAAUCAAGAGAUGAACAUUGUCUUCCUGAUUGAUGGUUCUGCCAGCAUUGACCCAACUGACUUUAAACAGAUGAAGAACUUCGUCAGAGCUGUGAUGGGCGAGUUCAAGGGCACCAACACACUGUUCUCGCUGAUGCAGUACUCAAACCUCCUGAUGACCCACUUCAGCUUCAGCAAAUUUCAGACCAGCCCGCACCCUCAGAGCCUGGUGGAUCCUAUUGUCCAGCUGACCGGCCUGACAUUCACAGCCACCGGCAUCCGGACAGUGGUGGAAGAACUAUUUCAUAGUAAGAAUGGAGCCUGCAAAAGUGCCAAGAAGAUCCUCAUUGUCAUCACAGAUGGGCAAAAAUAUAAAGACCCCCUGGAGUACAGUGAUGUCAUCCCCCAGGCAGAGAAAGCCAGCAUCAUCCGCUAUGCCACUGGGGUUCAUCCCCUUCCUCGUGGGAGAUGCUUCCAGGAACCCACUGCCAGGCAGGAGCUGAACAUCACUGGCUCAGCGCCUUCAAAGGACCAUGAAUUCAAGGUGGACAACUUUGCAGCCCUCGGCAGCAUCCAGAAGCGGCUGCAGGAAAAGAUCUUUGCAGUUGAGGGAACCCAGUCGAGGACGAGUAGCUCCUUCCAGCAUGAGAUGUCACAAGAAGGCUUCAGUUCAGUCCUCACCACGGAUGGACCAGUUCUGGGGACUGUGGGGAGCUUCAGCUGGUCUGGAGGGGCCUUCCUGUACCCCCCCAAAAUGAGCCCCGCCUUCAUCAACAUGUCCCAGGAGAACGUGGACAUGAAGAACUCUUACCUGGGUUACUCCACUGAGCUGGCCCUUUGGAAGGGGCUACAGAACCUGGUCCUGGGGGCCCCCCGCCAUCAGCAUACCGGGAAGGUUGUCCUCUUCACCCAGGUGUCCAGGCAGUGGCUGAUGGACGUGGCCAUCGGGGCCCCGGGAGAGCAGGAGAACCGGGGUGCCAUCUACCUGUUUCAUGGAACCUCAGGACUGAGCAUCAGCCCCUCCCACAGCCAGUGGAUUGCAGGCUCCCAGCUCUCCCCCAGGCUUCAGUAUUUCGGGCAGUCACUGAGUGGGUGUCAGGACAUCACUCAGGAUGGACUGGUGGACCUGGCCGUGGGGGCCCGGGGACACGUGCUGCUGUUCAGGAGCCUGCCGGUGCUGAAUGUGGAGGUAGCUAUGACAUUCACACCCCCGGAAGUGGCAAAAGCUGUGUACCAGUGCUGGGAAGAUGUGCCCGACACCCUGGAAACUGGGGACAUCAGAGUCUGUCUCACUAUCCAUGAAAGCUCACAGGAUCAGCUAGGUGACGUCCAAAGCUCUGUCAAGUACGAUCUGGCAUUGGAUCCAGGCCGUCUGAUUCCUCGUGCCAUUUUUGAUGAGACCAAGAACUGGACUUUGACUUGAAGAAAAAUCCUGCGGCUGGGGGAUAACUGUGAAACCCUGAAGCUGUUUUCACCAGGCUGUGUGGAAGACAUGGUGAACCCCAUCAUCCUGCGACUCAACUUCUCCCUGGUUGGGGAGCCCAUCCCCUCAUCUCAGAACCUUCGCCCUGUACUGGCCAUGGGCUCACAGGACCUCUUCACUGCUUCUCUCCCUUUUGGGGAGAACUGUGGGCAAGAUUACCUCUGUGAAGGGGACCUGAGCAUCAGCCUCAGCUUCUCAGGCCUGCAGACCCUGGUGGUGGGGAGCUCCCUGGACCUCAAUGUGACAGUGAAUGUGUGGAAUGAGGGCAAGGAUUCCUACAGAACUGUGAUCAGCUUCCACUAUCCAGCAGGGCUGUCCUACCGACAAGUGUUAAGAAUCCAGCAACCCCAUCAGCGGCCCCUGCACCUGGCAUGUGAGGCAGUGUCCACUGGGGACGAGGGCUUGAGUAGCAGCGGCUGUAGCAUUAACCAUCCCAUCUUCCAAGAGGGCACUAAAGGCACCUUCAUGGUCACAUUUGAUGUCUCCUACAAGGCCACCCUGGGAGACAAGUUGCUUUUGACAGCCAAUGCAAGCAGUGAAAAUAAUAAGCCUGCAUCCAGCAAGUCUAACUUCCAGCUGGAGCUCCCAGUGAAAUACGCUGUCUACACGGUGAUCAGCAGGCAGGAAUAUUCCACCAAAUACUUCAAUUUUUCAGCUUCUGAUGAGAAAAGCAGAAAAGAAGCUGAGCAUCAAUAUCGUGUGAAUAACCUGGGUCAGCCAGAUCUCGCCCUCAGCAUUCAUUUCUGGAUCCCUGUCCUGCUGAACAGUGUGGCUGUGUGGGACGUGGCUGUGGUGGCCCCUUCGCAGAGGCUCCCCUGUGUGUCAGAGAGGGAACCUCCCCAGCAUCCUGACUUCCAGACCCAGACUCCAGGGAGCCUUGUGCUGGACUGCUCCAUUGUCGACUGCCUGAGGUUCCACUGUGACAUCCCCUCCUUCGGUGUCCCGGAGGAACUUGACUUCAUCUUGAAGGGCAAACUCAGCCUUGGCUGGGUCAGCCAGAUGUUGCAGAAGGAAAUACUGGUCAUGAGUGUGGCUGAAAUCACAUUCAACAGAUCCAUAUAUUCCCAGAUUUCAGGACAGGAGGCCUUUUUGAGAGCCCAGAUGGUGACAGUGCUAGAAGAGUAUGAGCUCUAUGAUCCUGUCCCCCUCAUCGUGAGCAGCUCUAUGGGGGGACUGCUGCUGCUGGCUCUCAUCACAGCCGUCCUGUACAGGUGUGGCUUCUUCAUACGUGAGUACGAAGAAAUGAUGGGUGACAAGUCUGAAGACGCUGCCACAUUGAGUGGGGAGGAUUUCACCUGUGAGGCUCCCAAUUAGCCUUUGUCCUAA